AUGAAGGUCCCCCUGGCGCUCUCCCUCAUUAGCUACCUGGUGGUUCCAAGUGGCGCUGCUGUCUUGGGGCGCUGCAUCGUGGCUAAGAAGCUCCUCCGAGGAGGCUUGGAUUACUUUGAGGGCUAUAGCCUUCAAAACUGGGUGUGCCUGGCCUACUUUGAGAGCAAGUUCAACCCUACAGCGAUCUACGACAACGUGCGUGGUGACUUCAUGGGCUUUGGCCUCUUUCAGAUGCGCAACAAUGACUGGUGUGACCACGGCAGGAACCUCUGCCACGUUUCAUGUUAUGCCUUACUGAAUCCAAAUUUAAAGAAGACAAUUGAAUGUGCCAAGAAAAUAGUAAGAGGAAAAGAUGGGAUGGGAGCCUGGCCCUCCUGGACCAUGAACUGCCAGAACUCAGACACCUUGGACCGGUGGUUGGAUGGGUGCCAUCUGAAGAGGCACUCCAAGCAAGUGCUCAUGGCAUCUACCGUUAUCGCCCUUCACUGAAUUCUGGUGGUCAUCUCACCAUUUGAUAGCGCCUGAUGGAAAGGAUAAAGGUUUGCUUUACCAAGGGA